AACAUCCUACGCCAUCUCUGGUAACGAGUACAUGACAACAACCUGCAGAUUUGUAACACAAGUUGGCGGUUUACAGCUGGGUACAAAUGUCUUUUCUGCCUACCUUUAUCCUGAUAUCAACGGUCCACAGUUUGCUGUCAGAGCUAAUGACGUGAGCAUUGAUCUGGUUCUACCUGUGGCUGUUUUGAUCGAGUGUAGGAACAAUUCUAUGGAUUACAUUAAACUGGGAGACACCUAUUCUUGUAAAUGUACCAACUCAACUCCAGGUAACUUACCUGCAAAUUUUCAAUGGUAUGAUGAGAACAAUCUACUUAUUGGAACAGGCGUGUUGACUGGACUGGUUAACGUCAGUGGUGUAUCAAGCAAGGUAUUUAAAUGUCAGCCACAAUAUAUGUGGAACAGUACAUUGAGUGGUGCAAGUAUUACUUUUGUGGCCAAAUUUUCAUACGGACCUACUAAUGCUUCGAUAGAAAGAAAAGACGUUUCCAGCCAAACUGACAUAUACAACCUUUGCCCAACCACUGGCAACAUCAUAUUUGCAUGUCACGUGUUGAAGGCCACAGUGAACCCAGAGCCCUCUAUAACAAUGUACCAGAACAAUUUACCACUGAGUUUCUCCACCCAACACAACAGCUCCAGCUGUAAUUAUAUUUCAUCAUUUCAACCAAGAUCUGCUGGUGUUCUUGUCUUUGGUUGUUUUGUUGAGAACUCCAAGUACAAGGAGAUAAAUGUCAACACAUCAUUACAAGUGUUUGUUCGAGCGCCGCCAUCCUCGGAACCUUUGCUAAAAAUCUCUGAAGCACUUCACGACAACAACAAACUAGUUCUGAAGGAAAAUCAAACUUAUAACGUCACCUGUGAUGUUGAUGGAGGUCAAAAUAUUGUGAUCAAAUGUGGACAUUUUUGGAGUAAACCUUCAACCAUUACAGCCCAGUUGUCUCUACAAUCAAUUUCCAGAAGUCUUAACAAUCAAAACUGUACAUGCACUGCUGGACACAUUACAGGAUGCUAUAUGAACAACAUGACUUUGAUUAUUUUGAAUGUUACAUAUAAUGUAAAUAUAACACAAUUCACGGCAAACAAUGAGACCGACAAGCUUGAAGUCGACUUGAAUUCCACGGUUGAUUUAACAUGUACAACAGAUGGGAACCCUAUGCCUUGGUACAAUAUAACAAGACAAAGUGGACAUGCCGCUAUCAUUGUAGAGGAACACAACUUCACAGCUAAAUGCAGGGACAGUGGCGUCUACAAGUGUUCAGCGAGCAACAAUAAUUUGUACAAAACAGAACAAUCUGUUUCUGUGUACGUGAAGUGUUCAGCUGAAUUAGUGAAUUCAACUGAUGGCUACAAAAUAUAUUCCUUUAAAUUUGGAGACAUGGCUAAAAUAAACAUCAGUGUGUUUGGCUAUCCCUUUCCAAAUCUAACGGAAGUACAAUUUCAGCCUUCUACUUCUGAUGACAGCUUCGUACAUUCAAUCUCAAAUCAGACGAACUCAACUGAUGAGUUUAGUGUAGAAUAUGAGCAUUAUAAAGGAACCACUACUAUAUUGUACACUAUAAAAAACGUUACCAACACUUAUUUUGCGAACUACACUAUGAUUAUUUCAAACUCAGAAGGGACUCUUUAUUACUACUUUAAAAUAGUUGAAAAAAAGGGAAUGACAUCUAAUACCAAUGAAGACUUACCGGCUGCUAUUGGUGGUUCUAUUGGUGCUGUUACUUUACUUGCUGGAGUGAUAUUAGCCAUUUACUGGUUAAGGAAAGAAAAUUUUGAAACAAGCCAUUGUAAAGGUGCUUACGAAACAGAGAUUUCUAACUUAGAUGUCUAUAGCUUUGACCUGAAUGUGCGGCUUCAUGGUAAGAAAAUUCUAAAUCAAUGUAAUACAUAG